AUAGAUAGAGCCCGCAAUUUUCUCAGAGAGAGAGAGCGGGCUAAAGAGAGGGAGAGACUGCACUUGGAGUCUGCUACUUAAAACAAAGAUUGGAAUAUAAGCAUCCUAGAAGAUUCCUUCAAAGGUGGCGGCUUUGCUUCAACUGUUUCAGCAUCAAACAGAGCUAGCUCGAUCCAAUUUGAUAAAGAGGCUGCUUAUGAGUGUUUGAAUGUAGUUUGACGUGGAAAGGAUUAAUUGCUUUGUUUCGGCCGUGCUGAAGUAGAGGAAGGAGGAAGAUGGCUGCUGCAGGUAGCGAGCAGCCACAGUUCAUUGCAAGUGCUGGAAACCGAAGUUGCUCAAAUGAGCCGCUCAUUGAGAACUCGGAUACUGAGAAAAUUGUGGUUCCAGAUAAGACAAGCUGGAAAAAUCUGUUUGCCUACAUGGGUCCGGGUUUUCUUGUUUCAAUUGCGUAUAUAGAUCCUGGAAAUUUUGAGACAGAUUUACAGUCAGGGGCACAGUACAAAUAUGGGCUACUUUGGAUAAUAUUAGUUGCUUCAUGUGCUGCUCUUGUCAUUCAGUCCCUAGCUGCCAAUCUUGGGGUAGUCACAGGAAAACAUUUGGCCGAGCACUGUAGAGCUGAAUAUCCUAAGAAAACAAACUUCAUACUUUGGGUUCUUGCUGAGAUUUCUAUAGUUGCAUGUGACAUUCCUGAAGUGAUUGGAACUGCCUUUGCAUUGAACAUGCUCUUCAAUAUACCUAUAUGGAUUGGUGUUCUCCUUACAGGACUGAGUACAUUGAUGCUUCUGGCAUUACAACAAUAUGGGGUUAGGAAACUUGAAUUUCUGAUUGCAUUCCUUGUACUCACAAUUGCUGGAUGCUUCUUUGCUGAGCUUGGUUAUGCAAAGCCUGCUGCUUCAGAAGUUUUGGAUGGGCUUUUCGUUCCCCAACUCAAAGGAAAUGGUGCUACUGGUCUCGCUAUUUCGCUUCUUGGUGCUAUGGUUAUGCCGGAAGAUUUCAAUUUGUCCCAUACUCCCACAUACAUCUUGCUCGUGGAGUUGAAAAUACUAAGGAGCUAUAUCUGACAAAAAAAAAAAUCUUGAGUGCAGGAAGCAUGCAGAUUUUAUAUGGUAGAAAGUGGCUUUGCUCUCAUGGUGGCCUUCCUAAUUAAUGUCUCUGUUAUUUCCGUAAGUGGUGCAAUUUGCAAUUCCUCGAGUUUGAGUGCGGAAGAUCAGAAGAACUGCCAGGACCUGGAUUUGAAUAAGGCUUCCUUUUUACUAAGAAAUGUUCUAGGUAGCUGGAGCUCCAAGCUCUUUGCUGUAGCCUUGCUCGCAUCAGGUCAAAGUUCUACUAUAACAGGAACAUAUGCAGGACAAUACGUUAUGCAGGGGUUCCUUGAUUUGCGACUGAGGCCAUGGAUUCGAAACUUCUUAACAAGAUGCUUGGCAAUAGUCCCUAGUUUGAUUGUUGCAGUCAUUGGUGGAUCUGCUGGCGCUGGAAAGCUCAUUAUUGUUGCAUCAAUGAUUUUAUCAUUUGAGCUGCCUUUUGCUCUGAUUCCACUUCUCAAGUUCACCAGCAGCAACACCAAGAUGGGGGUAUAUGCCAACUCGACUGCGAUUUCGGCUAUCACUUGGAUCAUUGGUUCUCUUCUCAUGGCCAUCAACAUCUACUAUUUGAUGAGUGGAUUCAUCAAGAUACUUCUUCAUAGUCACUUUGAACUAGUAGGUAUCGUGUUUCUUGGAAUACUUGGAUUUUCAGGCAUGACAAUGUAUUUGGCCGGAAUUGUAUAUCUGGUGUUCCGUAAAAAUAAAGAGGCUCCACAUCUUUUGGCAUUAACAACUCCUGAAAGCAGAGAAAUGGCAAAUGCGCAGCCGGGUUGUCUUCCAAGAGAAGAUAUUGUAAGCAUGCAACUUCCUCAAAGGAGAUCUACUGAAGAUCUAUAGAUUGAUGAGCUAGUUGUGUGAGGCUGUGAGCUAGAACAAUAAUGCAGCUUUUCUAGGACUUAGGGUCCCAACGUUUAAAAUAACGUGCUUCUGAUGUCUAAAAUGUCUUUCCUGAAUAAUUCCCUCUUCUUUUUAAUGUAUAUAAUCCAAAAAACUUGCAAUCUAUCUUUCCUUGUC